GAUAACUGAGGAGAAACGAAGACUACUCAUAUCGUACCAGAGCUCUAAUCAAUAUUCUACCCAGAAUCAAGAGUUGUUCCAGGUUUUGAAAUAGUGAUUACAGUUUAUACUUUAUAAAGAACGUCAAGGUUUUUCUGUUCAAUCGGCUCCGACCGCCAUGAAUUGGAAGUCAUGGUUUCGAGCUCGCAGCUCAAGCAAUGAUUCAGUGCCCCAACAAUCAAGUUCGAACCCAAAACGUCUACAAGAAAACCAAGACGAAGAGCUUCAUGGAGUUACCAAGCAGUUGAUAGAUCGAGUCAAGUCUUUCACGCUCGAUGACUUCAGGAAUUUUCCACUACGUGAUGACGAAACCACAGAAGCUUCCUUUGGCGACGAGAUGGCAGCAGCUGCUUCCGCUAGCGUUCGAAGGGAUCUCUCUGAGUGGCAGGAGAGACAUGCUACCCUAAUUCUUGCCAAAGUCAAGGAACUUGCACAGUUAAGAUUUAAGUUAUCCCCUGGCCACUUGAAAGAGCGAGAUUUUUGGAGGAUCUAUUUCACACUUGUCAAGGCCGACAUAGCUGAGUAUGAGCUACGGGCGAUCCAACUAGCUAAACUUCGGAAGAUGGCAGUUGAGGAUGUAAAAUCUUCAGACUCCAGCACAAUUGAAGUUGAAAUGGCGGAGACAGUACAACGAACAAGUUUACAGCUGUCAACUCCAUGAGAGAGAUCACACGUUGCUUGUUACCAGGAACAGGAAGAAAAUGUUACAUCAAACUGAUGAUUUUCCAAGGGAGCCUGGCUUGAAGAGUGACUGUUUGCUGGGAACUGAGAUAGCACGCAUGCUGCCAGCUUUCUUUCCUUUGCAUCCAAUGCUGGUUCGAUUAGAAAAAGGACUCUUUGUUAGCAACUGGCAUUGAAUAUGAACUCUGACCGAGAAGAGCAUCAAGAUGCCCAGCAGAAAUCAGCAAAAUGCGCUUGUUGUCUUUGGUUGAAUGUGAAUUAAAUAUUGUUCUGAGUAAGAAAGAAAGGAAAAGCAACCACUACUACAACGCUCUAUUUGUUUUCUUACUCCUUUUCACUAGCAAUGGCGCGGGUUUUAGGGAUGGUUUCCCUCAACCAUCCUAUAACCGGUAUCAGUCAAACGACUUUCAAAUUUGGUAGAGGGAGUGUUGGUAGAGGGAGUGUAU